AUGGAAAGGAGCAAAUUAAUUUUGAUUUCAAUCGUAGUUACAUUGGUUUGUUGUUUGGGGGUUGUGCAGGGGUUCACAUAUGACGACAAGGAGGUUCAUACGGAAGAGGGCAGGGAGGCUAUGUUUGAAAGAUGGAGGAGCCACCACAAGUUGGAGGAAAUAAGCCUUGAAGCGAAAAGGAAACAGUACAACACGUUCAAGUCUAGACUAGAACAUGUUCACAAGACAAACAAGGCCAACUUGGGAUUUAAAUUAGAGCUGAACAGGUUUGCAGGGAUGACUCGCGAGGAGAUACAGAGCAAGUUUACAGGAUUUAAGGGUGCCCCUCCCAAUCCUUGCCCGGCAAAGGAUGGCGGUUGUCCGGGAGGUGGUUGCCCAGCGGACAGUGGUUGCUGCCCUGGCGGUGGUUGCCCGGCAAAGGACGGCGGUUGCCCGGGUGGUGGUUGCCCAGCGAACAGUGGUUGCUGCCCAGGCGGUGGUUGCCCGGCAAAGGACGGCGGUUGCCCGGCCGGUGGUUGUCCAGCGGACAGUGGUUGCUGCCCGGGUGGUGGUUGCCCAGCAAAGGACGGCGGUUGCCCAGCGGACAGUGGUUGCUGCCCUGGCGGUGGUUGCCCAACAAAGGACGGCGGUUGCCCGGCCGGUGGUUGCCCAGCGGACAGUGGUUGCUGCCCGGGCGGUGGUUGCCCGGCAAAGGACGGCGGUUGCCCGGCCGGUGGUUGCCCAGCGGACAGUGGUUGCUGCCCGGGCGGUGGUUGCCCGGCAAAGGACGGCGGUUGCCCCGCCGGUGGUUGCCCAGCGGACAGUGGUUGCUGCCCGGGCGGUGGUUGCCCGGCAAAGGACGGCGGUUGCCCCGCCGGUGGUUGCCCAGCGGACAGUGGUUGCUGCCCGGGCGGUGGUUGCCCGGCAAAGGACGGCGGUUGCCCCGCAGGUGGUUGCCCAGCGGAUAGUGGUUGCUGCCCGGGCGGUGGUUGCCCGGCAAAGGACGGCGGUUGCCCCGCCGGUGGUUGCCCAGCGGAUAGUGGUUGUUGCCCUGGCGGUGGUUGCCCAGCGGACAGUGGUUGCUGCCCUGGCGGUGGUUGCCCGGCCGGUGGUUGCCCAGCGGAUAGUGGUUGCUGCCCGGGCGGUGGUUGCCCAGCAAAAGACGGCGGUUGCCCGGCCGGUGGUUGCCCAGCAGACAGUGGUUGCUGCCCGGGCGGUGGUUGCCCGGCAAAAGACGGUGGUUGCCCAGCCGGUGGUUGUCCAGCGGACAGUGGUUGCUGCCCGGGCGGUGGUUGCCCGGCUAAGGACGGCGGUUGCCCAGCAAAGGACAGCGGUUGUGCGGGUGGCGGUUGCCCCGGAGGCGGUUGCCCGGCAAAAGAUACAGACACUAUUUUCAAACCAAUAGAUAACACAGACGGUGGUUGCCCCGACGGUGGUUGCCCGGCGAAGGACGGCGGUUGCUCAGGCGGAGGUUGCCCGGCGAAAGAUGGCGGUUGCCCCGGCGGCGGUUGCCCGGCAAAGGACGGAGGCUGCUCAGGCGGUGGUUGCCCGGCGGCGGACGGAGGUUGCCCAGGCGGCAGUUGCCCGGCAAAGGACGGUGGUUGUUCUGGUGGCGGUUGCCCGGCGAAGGACGGUGGUUGCUCGGGUGGCGGUUGCCCGGCGAAGGACGGUGGUUGCUCGGGCGGCGGUUGCCCGGCGAAGGACGGUGGUUGCUCGGGCGGCGGUUGCCCGGCAAAGGACGGUGGUUGCUCGGGUGGCGGUUGCCCGGCGAAGGACGGUGGUUGUUCGGGCGGCGGUUGCCCGGCAAAGGACGGCGGUUGCCCGGCGAAGGACGGUGGUUGCUCGGGCGGCGGUUGCCCGGCGAAGGACGAUGGUUGUUCGGGCGGCGGUUGCCCGGCGAAGGACGAUGGUUGUUCGGGCGGCGGUUGCCCGGCGAAGGAUGGCGGUUGUUCGGGCGGCGGUUGCCCGGCAAAGGACGGUGGUUGCUCGGGUGGCGGUUGCCCGGCGAAGGACGAUGGUUGCUCGGGCGGUGGUUGCCCGGCGAAGGACGGUGGUUGUCCUGGUGGCGGUUGCCCGGCGAAGGACGGCGGUUGCCCGGGCGGCAGUUGCCCGGCGAAGGACGGUGGUUGUCCAGGUGGUGGUUGCCCCGGUGGCAGUUGCCCGGCGAAGGAUGGCGGUUGCCCGGCAAAAGAUGGCGUAUCGUAA